AUGGCCGAACAAACGAUACCAUUAGAUGAGAUUAAUAGAUUACGCGUUUCAUUAGGUCUCAAAGUAAUUGAAGAAAGACCCUCCAAUGUCGAAAAAGAGGCAAUAUCCACCCUUUCCAAGGUAAGCAAUGCUAAUAAAUCGCAAACCAAAAAAUGUACAACGGUGGAGGAACCUGAAUCCAACGAACCUGCAGCGGACCGCGUAUCGAAUAUUAGGAAAAGAUUACACAAUCUAAAGACAGAGCUCAAGCGUAAACCGCUGCUUGAGAAUUACGACGAUGACACGGAUUGGUUGGCCUCCGUUGGGAAGCGGAAAGACACAAAUAUCUUAAAAGAAGUUUCAGAUAAAAGUCUUGCAACCGAGGCUGAUAAUGGAAUGUUGAAGAUGUCAUCUAACCCGUCUUCUUUAAAAAAUGAUAAACAAAUGAUCCUUACUUUAAAAGAAACAUCUCUGAACAGCGAAGAUGAAGAUGUGCUCCUUGACCAGGAUGCGAUCAAUGAUGAUCAGCAGGCGAGAAGUAUCAAACUAAAACAAAUGAAUCAGCAAAGGAAGCAAAAAAAACUGGAUAUAAACCUUCAACUUGACGAAGAUGAUGAUCAACAGAAUACCCGUCCCCACUUCGUCAUCCAGAAUGGGGAGAUCGUGAAAGAAGUGGCUCAAGAGAACUGUGAAACAUCUGUCAAAGGAAAAGAAACAGGAGAGCAAAUAGGGAAAAUAAGAAUCUCUUUAAGCUCAAGCAGUGAAUCAGAUGAAGUCGCGACCGACUACGUACCAGUUAAAAUCAAGAAAAGAAAAAUCAAAACUAGUAAAAGCAUGAAAGGGAAGCGGAUCAAACAAACCACAGAAUUGAAGAAGGUUGAUCUGCUCGACGAAGAUGCACUGGAGGAGGAAGGGAAUGAGAUCGAGAGUUUUUUGAACUCAAAUCGAAGUAAAAAGCUACAGAAUGACAGCCGUAAGAAAACAGCAGAAGAUAUUGCAGCCGACAUUCUACAAGAAGAAAAGGAAAGGCAACAACGUGCGUUGGAGGUGAAUAAAAUUCAAGAUAAUCGUGAAAUGGUCGUCGAUGAAACUUCUACAUUUCUGGAUAAUCUUCAAAAAGACAUUAUUCCACAGCGUUCUGAAGAUCCAGCUUUCGAGAAAUUAACCUUAAGACCUCCGAAUGAUAAGGCCAGGACCACUGCGUCUAUGUAUUCUAGCGAUGAGGUUGAAGAGUCUGAAGAUCAGAAUGAAGAGCCUGAUUUUCAUACAGGGCUUGCAUCGACGUUGAGCUUUUUAAAAGACCGAAAUAUUAUACCCAAGACUCCUAAGGCAAACAAGAAAAUUGCUGGCACCAAGGAUGACGAGAUGCUAAAAUUGAAGCAAAAGCUAGAGACCCGUAGGAUAGAGGAUGAAAUUGAAAAAGAAAUGCAGCGGAGCAACGUAAGAUACAGUAAAGAAGAAAUCGAUAGGAUUAACAGUUACAAAGAGAAAGAAAUUGCUAAGCGAACCGCAGCAAUUCAGCACGAACGAUUGGCAGGAUAUAAUCCCGAAAUCAAAUUAACUUACAAAGAUGCUGAAGGCAAUCAAUUGACCACGAAAGAAGCAUACAAAAAGCUCUCUCAAGCAUUCCAUGGAACAAAGCCCAAUGCCAAGAAGGAGCGAAAAGCGUAUCAAAAAAUUACAGCAAGGAAUAGAAAAUUAAGUCAUGACUCAUAUUCUACUAUGUAG